GCGCCAGGAAAACAUUCAGCCCCGAAAACGCAAAAGUUAGCUAGAAAACAAAGUAAUAAAUGAACCUCUUCACUCUUUCAUUUCCACAAGUUGGUUGGUGGUUCCUUGAACAAUUCAAAAAAGAAAAGAAAGUGAGAAUGUUGGUGUAGGUGGAGGCGUAGGUGACACAGCCAAAAACGCCCACCUUAUUAUUAAAUCAUUCAUGAUACACUAUAAAUUCAACAACCCAAAUCCAACUUCCCCACACAAUAACACCAAAACCAAAAAAAUGACCACCCUCGCUUUUCUCUCUAAAGCCAAAACUCUAAAAACCAAUUCCAAUUCCAAUUUCUUCACCCUCCUUCGCUGCAUGAGCAAUGUCCCAGAAAACACAGUGUACGGUGGGCCAAAGAAUCAGAAUCCAAACCAAAGAGUGACUCUCACCCAUUUACGGCAAAAGCACCGUAAGGCUCAGCCCAUAACGGUUGUAACUGCCUAUGAUUACCCGUCAGCUGUGCACUUAGACACCGCAGGUAUUGAUGUGUGUUUGGUCGGUGACUCGGCUUCCAUGGUUGUCCAUGGUCACGACACUACUCUUCCUAUUUCGCUCGAUGAAAUGCUUGUUCAUUGCCGUGCUGUCGCGCGUGGCGCUCAACGCCCACUUCUUGUUGGGGACUUGCCCUUUGGUACCUACGAAUCUAGUACUAGUCAGGCAGUUGAUACAGCAGUGAGGGUUUUGAAGGAAGGAGGAAUGGAUGCCAUAAAAUUGGAAGGAGGGUCUCCUUCAAGAAUUAGUGCAGCAAAAGCUAUUGUGGAAGCUGGAAUUGCAGUUAUGGGGCAUGUGGGACUUACUCCUCAGGCCAUCAGUGUUCUUGGGGGAUUCAGGCCCCAGGGCAAGAACGUUGCCAGUGCUGUCAAGGUUGUGGAGACCGCAAUGGCUUUACAGGAAGCAGGGUGUUUCUCUGUUGUUUUGGAAUGUGUUCCUCCACCGGUGGCUGCUGCAGCCACAUCAGCUCUUCGGAUUCCUACCAUUGGUAUUGGGGCUGGACCUUUUUGUAGUGGGCAGGUUCUAGUUUACCAUGAUCUGCUUGGAAUGCUUCAGCACCCCCAUCAUGCCAAGGUUACCCCAAAGUUCUGUAAGCAGUUUGCUCGUGUUGGAGAUGUCAUCAACAAAGCGCUUUUGGAGUACAGGGAAGAAGUGACAAAUGGUUCAUUUCCUGGUCCUGUCCACAGCCCAUAUAAAAUUGGUGGCAGUGAUGUUAAAGAUUUCUUAAAUGAGUUGCAGAAGUUAGGUUUGGAGAAGGCUGCGUCUGCAGCAGCUGAAGCAGCUGAGAAGACUAGUAAGGCUGAAUCCCCUGGUGGUGGAAGCCCGGCAAGUGAUUGAUAAUGGUCCAGCCAGUAAUUGAAUUUUGGACUAGUCCAGUAGCAACCUUCUUCCUUGGUGGGUUUUAAUUAAUUUUCUUUAUCAUUUAUAUUUUCUUUUUUCUCCAUUGAUAGAAAUGAAGAGUCAAGAAUGUCAUUUUUACCGCAGUGAUAUAGGCAGUUUUGGGUAUUCAACCUUGUCUUCUUCAUGGUUAGGAUUAUUUUCGAUACAGUCCGAAGAAGUAGCAGCUCCGCGUUCCCCAGUUCCCUUUCUCCUUUAGUAAUGUUAAAGAAAGGUGUCUAAAAUGUGCUUUUGGAAAUCAUUUUCAGGCACAAUGAAAAAGUUAUUCUUGUAUGACUUUGUUCGGAACUUGGAAUAUUAUUUCUAGAGAUUCUUAACUUAA